GGUCCGGAUAAAUUCUGGAGGGUCCAACAGUAUCUCAGGCUUUCUUGGAAUUUCACUGGCAGACGACAGAACUGCUAUGGCUUGGCUAUGAGAUACGUUCACAAAGCACUGAUGUAUGGAACCAUUAACAGGCAAGCCAAGAAGAAAAACAUAAGACAUUUAUGGCAAGUCAGGUUAAAUGCUGCUUCCACAGAGCAUAAUAUCAAUGGUCGAGAUUUUCUUGAAGGCCUGGCAAGGUGCAAUGUGUUGCUUGACAGAAAGACGUUGACUGAUCUAGCUAUAUACGAGCCAAGAACGUUUCAA